CUAGUUUGUCCUCUCCUUUAAGAGAGAAAGCUCAGGCCAGGAAGAGGAAGUGAUGUGCCAAACGGACUGAGCACCAGAAAGGCCUUGACGUCCGACUCUGCUUUUUCACAGGACUCUUGUUUCCUUAUGGACACAGUUGCAUCCAUAGUGGAUACAGAUAGAAUUGGGUGCUCAGGUUGAUCAGAGUCCUGGCAGGGAGAGCAUAGAGAGCUGAUCCACUGCAGAAAAUGUUCACCUCUUGGAUUUCAUGAGAGUUUUCUGUUUUCAAAUCGAGCGGCAGCUCUUUGAGGAGACUGUGAAGACCCUCAACAGCUUCUAUGCAGAGGCCGAGAAGAUUGGGGGCAGCUCUUACCUUGAGGGCUGCCUGGCCUGUGCCACAGCCUACUUCAUCUUCCUCUGCAUGGAGACCCACUAUGAGAAGGUUCUCAAGAAGAUCUCCCGCUACAUCCAGGAGCAGAAUGAGAAGGUCUUUGCCCCCCGAGGCCUCCUGCUUACAGACCCCGUGGAGCGUGGGAUGAGAGUUAUCGAGAUCUCCAUCUACGAGGACCGGUGCAGCAGCGGCAGCUCGAGCAGCGCUUCCCUCCCGACACCCCCUGAAAAGGAUCCAAGCCCGUCAAAUAGAGAAUUCCCAUCCUGCAUGGUACUUGACUCCAAAUCCCACAUCCACCAGGACUCCCUUCCUCGGGGUCCCACGCCCCGAGGCUGUCUCCCAGUGUGUAUGCUUUCUGAUGCCACCACGGGGCCUCUGCCUGUCUGUGAUCCUGCCCCCACUGAUUCAAGGUCUGGGGAGACGGGAGUGGUCAGCCCCCUCCUGACCUCUUCUAGACUCCUGGCAUCCCUGUCCUCCACCCAGAGCCAGGAGGUCAUCUUGGACUCACUCAGAAGUGUCCAGCUACUGCAACUUGGCAGCCCAGGUGCUGGUGGAGGUGGGGCACAUGGCCUGGCCUCUGGAAGGUUGUAUGGGGGUCCAGAGAGAUGCUUCAUGGAGAGAUGUAGCCUUGGGGGGCUUGAACCUCCAAAACGGGAGCCAACUUCCUGAGAUUAGAAUGUGCCUGUGUGUGAGAAUGAGUGUGUGUGCGUGCAGGCACAUGUGUAUGUGCACAUAUGUGCGUGCCCUGUGUGCACGAAUGCACCUGAGUGUAGGUAUGUGUGAGGACAUGUGUGUGCAUGAGUGUACUGUGAGUGCCUGCGUGUGACUGCCCUCGUGUAUGUGUACACAUGUGUGCAUACAGGUGUGUGAAUGCACUUGUAUGUUGCCCUUGGCUACUGGGCCGAUGUCUGCCCCUCUCUGCAUCUUGUCUUAUCUUUGUGUGCCAUGGUCUGGCUGCUUCCCUGGGUGGGUCCAGCCUGUCCUCUUGUAAAUAAAUGUCCUGACAUCCCUUGUCUCUUGCUUGGCUGCCAGCUAGGCUCUUCUUCUUGGUCUCUCCCCCACUGGCACGUUUCUCCCCACCGUCUGACUGUACUGUAUACAUUCUAACGAAAGCAUUGGGGUUCUAGGAGAGUUGAGCCAACCUUCCAGGGCCUUCUGUGCCCCACUUCAGGUCCCUCAUAACAAGGCAACAGGGCCCUGGGCACUGCGUACUCAGGGGGUCUCCGAGGCUGUGUGAGACAUCCUUGGAAGGCCAACGGGGCUGCCAAUCUGCAGGGGAAAAGGCAAAUUUCUUUCUUGAAAGAGGGGUGUCCAGCCAGUGAGGCCCUGAGUGCCAAGGCCCAGCAGCCCCUCCCUGGUGUCUGGAGAUGGACAGAAGCAGGCUGCCUGUCUUGGCCGGCAGGAGGUGCUAGAGGGGAUAUGAGAGACCAGUCACUGCAGGUAGCUUUCUGGAACCAAAGAGGGGCCUGACUUUCUUUUGGAUGCAGGAGGAGUAUAUAGGAAGGGUUCAGAGAGCUGGCAAGGGCGGCCCAGCCCCUGAGCCUCAGUGGGUCCUGGUCCAAGUGUUCCCUGGGUGAGCUGCAGCCCACUUAUCUCCACCACAGUCCCCUUCCUUCUGAAUCUGGCCUGUGUCCACCCUGGCCCUCCGCAUGGCUGGGGCCAACCUGUGGGGUGAAUGAUGCAUCUCUUGUGGGAUGGCUGGGCGCUGGCUGUGCGGUGGCCUUUCAUCUUAUUAUUUCUUUUUCCAAUAAAAGGACUUGCCCAGCUUGA